AUGGGUACGCCUGGGUGGGUGCAGGUUUGGGACAUGCCUCCCGACGUGUUCAAAAAGCCGCUUGCCUUUUUCCACAAAAAGUGCGGCGGUGCUACCGCAGAACAUGCGCCUGUGAAGUGCGACACUCUCUCAACAGACAGACGGGAAGUUUUGAUGGAGACAAAGUCCACGGCUACAGCAACAGCUCUUGUCGCGGCCGUGAACAAGUGGAAGGUGGGUAUCCCGAAGAUGAAAGCAAAGGUCAUCGGUGCAGAGGAGGUCGACCAGCUUUUGGGAGCCUCCGCCGCCAGUGCCACCGCCAGCACUUUCGUGUUAGUGAAGAACCUACCAGAAGAUAUAGAAGACGUCAAUGAUAUGAAGUUGAUGUCGGACAACAUCAAGGCAGCAGAGAUCGGUGAGCACAUGACUUUCGGCCGCAUCGCAAUCGCCGAAACACUUGACGUUGAUGCAGCCAAGGCCUGUGUUCAGACUUUCAACAUCCCCCAUGCUGGCGGAGUCAUGACGGCAGAGCUUAUCACAAGUGCGAAGAAGGCAGCGGUCUUACAGGAAUGCAUCUCCAUGGAGAAGGCCCCACCUCCCCGCCAGCGUAGUCGGAGCCCAAUGCGGAUGCCGAACCUUACGCAAGCACAGAUAGACGAGCAGAUGCGUGAGCAGAGGCGAGCGGCCGCUGAGCAGUAG